AUGCUGACAAGGCUAUGGAAAAUGUUGACGUGGCUAUUGAAAAAUGUUGAUGUGAUACAGGGUACCCUGCCUCGAGACUUUACCAAAUUAACUGAACUCAAAUAUCUUGGUCUUUCCUCAAAGAAACUCAUUGGCUCAGUACCUCUUGAAAUAGGGCAUUUAACCAGUUUGGAGUCUUUGUGUUUGAGCAACAACUAUUUGAAUGCUAGCAUUCCAUUUCAAAUAGCUAACCUUCCAUUGCUAUCAUAUGUUGACCUUGGUCAAAAUUUAAUCAUUGGAGAAAAACCUUUUCAACUCGGCCACAAGGGUCGCUUAACUUAUUUGAAUCUCUCCCACAGUAAACUCUUUGGUGGCAUUCUUCAUUCUCUCAUCUCCAUAGAGGACAUUGACUUGUCACACAAUGCUUUGAAGGGUCAAAUCACAGAGGAUUUUCAGCUCAAAUAUUACCCGGACGCAUUUGUUGGCAACCAACAUUUAUGUGGUGGCACCACAUUUUUGCCUUGUCAUCAAUCCCCCACAACCAGCGGCUCCAAAAAUAAAAGACGAAACAAAAAUUUCCACUACAUCACAAUUUUUCUUCCCAUCACAAUUUUUCUAGCCUUCUUGAUUCUUGGAUACUUGUACUACUCUAAAAGCGAGGUAAAGAAAACCCAAUGUCAGUCCAGAGUGACAAAGCAUGGAAAUAUCUUCUCAAUAUGGAAUUAUGAUGGAGUAAUUGCAUACAAAGACAUUAUCAAAGCAACAGAGGACUUUGAUGACAAAUACUGCAUUGGAAUUGGAGGCAAUGGGAGUGUCCACAGAGCAGAGUUGCCCAGUGGAGAAGUUGUUGCCUUGAAGAAACUUCAUCAUCUUGAUAAAAGUUUCAGGAAUGAGGUGCGCAUUUUAUUAGAAAUACGACAUCGAAACAUUGUGAAGCUUUAUGGCUUUUGUCUACACAAACGAUGCAUGAUUCUGGUUUAUGAAUACAUGGAGAGGGGAAGCCUAUUUUCGGUCUUGAGAAAUGACGUUGAAGCUGUGGAAUUGGAUUGGAUAAAGAGGGUGAAUGUGGUGAAAGGCACUGCCCAUGCUUUAGUUUACAUGCAUUGUGAUUGCAGCCCACCAAUUGUUCACCGAGAUAUAUCAAGCAACAACAGUCUUUUGAAAUCAACACUGGAUGCUUCUUGUGUCUCUGAUUUUGGCACCGCUAGAUUGCUAUAUCCUGAUUCGUCCAAUCAAACUUUGAUUGUAGGCACUUACGGAUAUGUUGCUCCAGAACUUGCAUUCACCAUGGCUGUGACUGAAAAAUGUGACGGUUAUAGCUUUGGGGUUGUGGCACUCGAAACAAUAAUGGGAAGGCAUCCAGGAGAACUUCUGUCCUCGCUAUCAUUGACUUCAGCUCAACAUAUGAUGUUGAAGGAUGUUUUAGACCCACGUCCUCUGCGUCCUGCAAAUCGAUCGGCUGAUCAGAAUAUAGUUCUUGUAACAAGGCUCGCACUAGCAUGUGUACAUUCCAAUCUGAAAUCUCGGCCAACAAUGGAACAUGUCUGCCGAGAGUUCCUUGUUCGCAGGCCACCACUGCCCAACCCUCUGCAUGCUAUCACAAUGUGGGAACUCAUGAAUCAUGAAAUAUAUGUUUCAUAG